GGGGCAAAAGUCAUCACUCUUUUUGGCUUUCUUCUUCGUCGUAAGCGGUGAUGUUGCUUCAGUCAUCCAUGGAAUCUUUUUGAAGAAAAGCCAACACCACCAACUCCCUCAGAUUGUUCAUUACACAUACAAUCAUCAACAAAAAAAUCAAAGGAUAAAACAAAAAAAACAAACAGAAAUGGUGUCUGCAAAUAAGGAAAUGGUGGUGUAUUGCUUUGAUACCCUGGUUGCUCACUUCAACGGCGAACAAGCCCCUCCUCCUGCUUUCGACGAGGGUCAACACCCAUUGUUUGUCACUUGGAAGAAAGUUGUGAACGGUGGGGAGCCUCGUUUACGUGGAUGCAUCGGAACUCUGGAAGCUCGCUGCAUAAUAAAUGGCUUCAAAGACUACGCGCUAACCAGUGCUUUGAGGGAUCGACGAUUCCCACCAAUUCAGGCUAAAGAAUUGCCAUUCUUGCAAUGUACAGUUUCCAUUCUUACUAAUUAUGAAAUCGCUGCUAACUAUCUCGAUUGGGAGGUUGGAAAGCAUGGGAUUGUAAUCGAGUUCACUGACCCCGAUUAUAAUACAAAGCGAAAUGCCACAUAUCUACCGGAAGUGGCUGCUCAAGAAGGUUGGACAAAGAUAGAAGCCAUCAACUCCUUGAUGCGCAAAGCUGGUUACAGUGGCGCCAUAACUGAUUCGGUGAGGAAGCAGAUCCAACUGACACGUUACCAAAGCACGCUAUAUACGAUGCACUACGGCGAUUUUGUGAGCUAUGUGAAGGCAACUCGAGGCGUCGCGCCCUCUGUUCCGGGUCUCAAAUCUUGUUAAUCUACUCGACAUAUUAACUAAUUGGAACCAUACAUGUGUUUGGUUCCAUGGUAAUUUGAAGAAGAAAAAAAAAAGUGACAAGGUUGCUUGGUCGGAUCGGGUCGGAUUCGACCCGCCCAUGGCCGGCAACUGUUUGUCACCUUGUAUCUAAAUUAAUUUUAAAACAUGGUCGACUUUGAUGAAAGUCGACCAAUUAUGCAAUGUUACCUUAUGUUGAU